AUGGCGGCCAGCGUUCUGCUUUGGGUUGUUUGUCCGAAAGAGAAUGCUGUCAGUUCCUCCGCUCUACUCGGUCUCAUACCCAGAACUAGGGCUGGCGGCGGCGUCGCUUCGCAGUUGGUAACUAGGCCCAGAGGCCCCGGCGCAGGCGCUAGAAGCCAGAGGCCGAGAAUUGCGUCGUCGAUGAAUUCGAAUAGCGGGGUGUCUGCUGUGUACUCGAGCACCGCCGCCGUUGCAGCGAGCCCGGCAAGAUCUUCGGAAGAGAAGGUCUACGAGGUGGUGCUAAAGCAGGCGGCGCUGGUGAAGGAGCUGCAGAGACGGUCGGCGGAGGAAGAGGCAGUAGCGGGAACGCUAUCGAAUUGGGAUUUUCUGAACGACGCUUACGAUAGGUGCGGCAAGGUCUGCGCCGAGUACGCCAAAACUUCAGUCUAUGAAGGGGAUUCAGAUGAUGGAACCUUGUUGAUGACACCAGAACGGCGAAGAGCUGUGUGGGCAAUUUAUGUUUGGUGCAGAAGGACUGAUGAGCUGGUGGAUGGGCCAGUUGCAACUCACAUCACACCGGAAGCUCUUGAUGGAUGGGAGAGAAGACUGAACGAUCUCUUUGAAGGCCGCCCAUAUGACAUGUUUGAUGCUGCUCUAUCCGAUACGGUCACUAAAUACCCUGUUGAUAUCCAGCCUUUCAAGGACAUGAUUGAAGGAAUGCGGAUGGACUUGAAGAGGUCACGAUACCAGAAUUUCGAUGAGCUCUACCUCUACAGUUACUAUGUUGCAGGGACAGUCAGCCUGAUGAGUGUUCCGGUAAUGGGGAUCUCCACGGAAUCAAAGGCUUCCACCGAGAGCGUUUACAAUGCUGCAUUGGCCUUGGGGAUCGCCAACCAGCUAACUAACAUACUAAGAGAUGUUGGAGAAGAUGUGAGGAGAGGAAGGAUUUAUCUGCCACAGGACGAGCUGAGGCAAGCUGGGCUCUCCGACGAAGAUAUAUUCAAGGGGAAGGUGACGGAGAAAUGGAGGAGUUUCAUGAAAGGGCAGAUCAAGCGGGCAAGGAUGUUCUUCGAUCAGGCAGAGAAAGGUGUUGGGGAGCUAAACGGGGAGAGCAGAUGGCCGGUGUGGGCAUCUCUAAUUCUGUAUAAUCAGAUAGUAGACGCCAUUGAAGCGAAUGAUUAUAACAACUUCACGAAGCGCGCUUAUGUAGGGAAAGCAAAAAAGUUUGCGUCAUUGCCUUUAGCUUAUGGACGAGCACUUAUGGGUCCACUUUCUAAACGAGCAGCUGGCUCGGCUAGGACUUGCUGA